AUGGUAGAAGGGGAAAAACUCGGACAUUUACAACCCUUGCCGAAGGAGUUUCCCGCUGGUCAGCAACUACAGCAGCAGCAGCAGCGGAAAAUGCAGCGUGAAAAAUUCAGAGCUGGAAGAGGGUGGUUAUCCUUCAAGGAUAACAAAUGGCCAAAUGAUGUAACCUCAAGCCGUUUUCUUGUGGAGAUCUCUCGUCGUCCAUCACUCUGGGACACUCGCAUCUUCUACGCCUUACGACGACCACAAAUAGAAAGCGAUUGGCGGUCCGUUGCCGACGUAAUGAAAAUCAGCGUGGAGGAAUGCAAGCGCCGUUGGAAAGGUCUACGGGGUAACUAUCGCACCGAGAUCCGACGUCCCGGACCUUCGCGCUGGCGUUACUUCAACGAAAUGGAAUUCAUGCGCGACGUCUUUUUACAACCAAACCAAGAACCAUGUACUCGUGUCUACGUACAGGUCACCGGCAACCAAAACACCAAUCCCAAUCCUAAUAGUCAAAAUCUUCAAAAUUCCCAUAAAUAUUCUAAUACCAAUUCCUCCCCCUUUUCCCAUCCACAUCCACAUCCCCAUGCAAUUCCACAGGCACAUCGCCAUCUACAUCCAUGUCGUCCUACCAUUCCACAUACCCAUGCACUACGUCCUCUUCCUCCACGCCGCCAUACCAUUUCACAUUCCCAACCUCUUUCACUUUCUCAUUCACAACCAAAGCCCCGUCCACAACCACAACCACACGUUUUUUCUCAUCCUAAACCACUACCAAAAGCUAAGCCGGAGCUGCAUUCCCUAUCAUAUAUACCUGGCGGCCUCCAAUUUGAGACCGAUGAGACCUUAUUUUGGGUUAUGGACAAACCGGAACCAGGAUUAGAUAUCGAUGAGGCGAUUACUAGGCAAGUGAACUCCAAUAACUGGUUGUGGGAUCCCAAUAUCGAACUUGCUAUAACUCCGUAUGAGAUUCCACAACCAAGUCCUCAACAGCCACUGCAAGACAUGCCUUUGGAUUUGCGUACAUGUCCUGGUCCCAAUGAUUCAGACCAGAACUACCUGAUGAGCAUGAUUCCCAUCCUUCGAUCCCUAAGCAAUCGCUCAAGGAUACGAUUCCGUUACGUGGUGCAGAAUCUGCUGCGUCAAAGGAUGGUUGAAGAUAGGAAGAUGCGCAAAGCCAAUUAAUCAGACUGGAUUGGGGGCAUAAUCAAGCUGGAUUUGAGACAUAAUCAAACUGGAUUCAUGUCAUAAUCAGACUGGAUUCGGACAUAACCAGAUACUUUCUGUACAAAUUGUUACCCGUACCACACAAAAUCUGAUUUUAUAAAAUGUUAAUCACACAUUUUUGAACCCAGUGUUUGGUGUUUAUUCGAAAUCAAAGGAAGGCUUCAGAUAAGAGUCGUAAGUUGCCCAAUGGAAGUUUAUCAAAGAAGAGGUGCUAGUAUUAGAACUUAAACCUGAUCAUGCCCAUUAGUUAGUAUUUGACUCUAUUUAACUCAAUUUCUAACAAGCUAUACAUAACAGCCAGCAAGUGCAGAGCUAACCAAUAACCAAUUCUUCUUAAACAUUUUCCUAUAAAAUAUAAAAGUAAAGUAUUGCCAAAACUUUUUCAGGAUAUUUUCAAAAGAGAAGUCUAUCAAAAAGAUAGUCUAGUCACCGGGCCGAGGAACUUAAUGAAUGCAUUAAAAUAAAAUCCACCAAAGAUUAGAGAGAGCUCGAGGCGUAAGUCUAAACCACAAGGUAAACAUCGAAGUAAAAGUUCACAUCAAAUUGGCUUAAGUGCUUAAGGAAAGUCCUUGGCCCUGGCCCCUACUCCUUCCACACAGCAUCCUCAACCUUUUGUGAUCCUUUUGGCUGACCGUAAAGAUUCUUAAUUACCCUUUGGGAUGGACGGGGCGAUAAAAAUGUAUCUAUUAGUUUGCAUUUG